AUGGCCAAUAAGGACGACUAUUUGACUAACUACCGCGAGUUUUUCGAAAGUUUUGCUCAAACGGUCAAUCCCAACGAUCAACUACCUGUUAAAUUAGGAAGCUACAAGUUGAUUAAUUUAGAAGUCAUCGGUGGAGUCAUCGAUUGGACGACCCAGUAUUUAACCCAAAAAAAAUGCCCCCAAAGCCUAAUCGCCCCCUUAAUCCAAAUCGUCAUCGACGAAACCCGGAAAUCGUGCAAGAAACAACCAACAGCAUGCGGCUUCAACCCGUCAGAUAAUGCCUAUGAACCCCUGAAGCUCAUGCAGACCGUGAUGGCAAAAACCAACGAGGUUUGUCUGAGGUAUUUGGACAACAGCAUGCUUUGUUCCUUGCCGCCCCCUGGCCAACCCCACAACAUCACAAGUGUGUGUGCAGCGAAGAAUAAGCGAAGACGGAUGGAAGAUAGACAUGUUGUAGUUCCCGAUUUAAACACCAUGUUCAAUUUACAGGAAGCUAGUCCGUCCAGUUAUUAUGCAAUAUUCGACGGUCAUGCUGGUCAUGAUGCCGCGGCCUACAGUUCGGCCCAUUUACACCAAUUUCUGGCCGAAAGCAAGCAUUUUGUUGCAAAUCCGGAGCAAGCUUUAAUCGAUGCCUUUUGCAAAACCGAUGCGUUAUUUAUCGACAAGUGCAAUGUUGAGAGGUUCAAUAGUGGGACUACAGCAGUUUGCGCGCUACUGCGACCCAAAGAAAAAACGUUGUAUAUAGCGUGGGUAGGGGAUUCCCAGGCCCUUUUAGUUAAUCAAGGACGGGUGUUGCAAUGUGUCAAUCCACAUAAACCUUGCCGGAGUGAUGAAAGGGAAAGGAUUGAGAAGGAGGGAGGGUAUGUUUGUUACUGGGGGACGUGGAGGGUUAAUGGACAGUUGGCUGUUUCCAGAGCAAUAGGUGAUGCAGAGUACAAACCAUACGUAAUAGCAGUGCCUGAUAUCCGCGAAAUACCUCUCGACGGUGGCGAAGACUUCCUGAUCUUGGCCUGCGACGGCCUCUGGGACUAUUUAUCCGAAGAUGACGCCGCAAGAACCGUAUACGAAAUGGUCUGCAGCAAUCCAGACAAGACCGAUCUCAUAAGCGAGCGCUUGGUCCAGCUGUCUAAAGAACGAGGAUCUGCCGACAAUAUCUCUGUGAUAGUAGUAUUCCUUCGCGAACCAUCAAAAAUCGCGGCGGAAGCCCAUUGGGCAAACCGCAACGCUUCUCCCAUCACAAUGGACACGAGCCUCGACAAUGCCAAUAACCCGUUCGCCAAUUCGAACGGUGCCGAUACCAACAUCAUGGGCCAAAAAACAGACGGUUUGCUUCUAAACCUGGCCGAAAAUUUUAAACACAAUGGUUCCGACCUUUCACCCUCUGGGGAUUUCUACCACAAUUCGGAGAAAUCCAACGGCAAAAGACUGGCGUCGGAAUUCGACGACGACGACGAUUUGGGACCUGAAACGGACGUGGACGCCGUUGACGAUGUGCUGUCGCCUUCCAUAGCAGCGGCCAAGGCUUUGGCCGACGGCCUCGUCAACAAUAAUCCAGACGGAAGCUUCAACCCGUUUGUGGAGAAACACGAAGUUGAGAAGGCUGCCCUCGAGAUUGAUCUCGAUCUCCAGAAGCAGCAAAGUAGCGAGUUUGAUGGACAGAGGUCGCCUAGGGAGGAAACGCCUACACCACCCGCCGAUGCCGUUCAUGAUGGUGGGUUAGAGGAGAACGUAGGCGACAGUGGCGAGGAAUCCGAAGACGAGUGGAACUACAUCAAAGGAGAGGAAGCCAACAAAGAGAACAUCAGUCCGUCGCAACCGGACUGUGAGGUUGCGCAAAUCCUGGAAGACCCAGACAACAUGUCUCAACUGAACCCGAACGCGGCCGAAUUCGUGCCCGUCUCUCCAACACGAAGCAUUCCUUCGCCCGCGUGCAGAGCCCUGAUAAACGAUCCCGUCAUCGCCCAAUCGCCGAAAAGACCGAGCGAAAUUGAUAUCAGCCUGCCCAAUCCGCAAGAGUUCGAAAACGAAGUUAAAUCUCGUCCGAGCGACUUCGAUUCGUUCAGUAACGGUCACGAUCAUGAAGACGAACAGCAGAAGCCGUCUCCGCAGGAUUUAAUCGACAAUAUUCUAAACGGGAAAAACAUAGACGAAAUACCAGAGUUUCAACCGGGGAACACUCCGACCAAAAUGGCAAGUGCGCUAGGCGAUGAGUUUCAUUUUGGGCCGAAUGCUGCGCCCUUCACCCCCAAGACGAUGGACCAGUCGGAGGCGGGGCUGUCCACCAAGGCUGUCUUCGGGGACGAAUCUAACCUGGAUACGAGUAUGGACGUCUCGCAGGAUAAUACCGAUUUUGUCAAGAAGGAGGAGGAUCCAAUGUCGAUGUCGUUUUAUCAGGAUAAAACUAGCACCGAUUCGGAUCCGUUCGACUUGAACAAGGUCCAGCUCCUUCCAGAGAAUUUGGAUGAGUUUUUGAACAAAUCCGAGGAGACUGUUGCUAAUAACGUAGUCUUGAAUAACGAUGAAAGGAUUCAAACUACAGAUCUUGAUAAUGAGAAAGAGUUGGCUUCGCCGGUGUCAAAUGACGAUGAUUCGAGCGGUGUUUGCGAGUUGUCUAAAUCUCCCCAACCUCAAACCGAUGAUUUGAUCGAGUGUUGCUUUGCCAAAGAGACUCUUCCAGAUGUGUGUUUGCAACCGGAGUCCAAACCACUAGAAACUCAAUCCCCGGAACCUCCCGUACUAUCACCUCAACCUCAAACUAUGUCUCCUUCACCCCAGUCAGUGUCUCCUCAACCUCCAGUUUUGUCCCCCGAACCGGAAUUUCUUCCGAAGAGUCCGGAACCGGAACAAUUGAUUGAUAUCAUGUCUGCAACCGUUGAAGAAGAAGAGCGGAAGGAAGUUUCAGUCGAAUCACCCCUGGAAGACAUCACGUCAUCGGUUAAGGAUAUUUCGUCACCGGUCCCUGAACCGAUCGAGUUGAACUUUGCCCAAGAAGUCAACAGCGCCGUUCAAGAGAUCGUACCACCAGUCGAGGUGUCGUCACCAAUUAGAGACCAGCCUUUGAUACCCGACAUCGCACUAUCCACACCUAAAUCAAUGACAGAUACCGAAUCCGUGGCCACAGCUGACGUUAACUCGUUCCUCGAACGAUCAGACAUAGUCGAUAUCACGUCACCAUUGCAGAGUCCCACCGGUGAUCACACUUUCGUGUCGCAAGACACCACCACCUGUGCUUACCCGCAACCAACCGAAAUUAAGACUGAAACAAUCACUCCCGAAUUUGCCCAAUCGGAGGUUAUUUCACCCACUGAAUCGAAAGAAUCGCCCCAGGAAACCGUCAAAGAACCGGAAGUCGUAACUCCAGCCGCGGAAAAGAAACCCAAAGCGAAAACACCAACGGCUGCCAAAAAACCCACACCUGCUAAACCUUCAACUGCAGCAUCACCAGCGAAAGCCAAACCAACAACAACUCCGAAAACGAGAGCCGCAGCUCCGAAACCAUCAACCGGGGCUGUGCCCAAGCAAACGCUCCCGAAAACAGCAGCCCCUAAACCACGACUUACAGCAACGAAAACUAAUCCCACGGAGAAGAAACCGCUAACUAACGGCGAUGUUAAACCACCAGUUAAGGCGAGUUUAACUGCGCGCAAAUCAACCGAUUCGCCUAAACCGGCGCUUAAUAAAGCGAGUCCAAGGCCGGCAACAGCGCCCUCUACUAGGACUAGUACUACUACUACAACUAGGAUGGGUGUAACAGCGCCUAAACCCAGGCCUAAUACUUUGGUUAAGAGUAGUACGGCGACGAAGACGACGGUUUCGACGACUGCUUCAAAGUUGAGUACGGCGAAAACAGCAUCGUCGCCGAAAACUGCUACAGCGCCAAAACCAAGGCCGACUACAGCUCCGGCCAAACCUAGGGUGCCUCUUAGUAAAACUGUGACGAAAACGGCCGAUAAAGAAAAGGAAAGUAAAGAUAGUGCGAAUAAAUUGACAGCUUCGCGUACUGUUACGAGGACUGCAUCGGGGAGGACUACGACCGGGACGGUGCGGAAAACCGAGUCGAAGACGACCGGAACAGCAACUCGAACGACCGUAACGAAAACGACCACAUCCAGCACGACGCGACCUGGCGCCGCCGCCGCCGCUGGCAAGAAACCCCUUGAAAUUACCCGCACCGUGAACAAGACUAAGACAACCAAAAUCGAGAAGCCCGUUCAGAACGGCGUAACAACUACAGUAACCGAACAGAUAACACUAGUAAAUAACGCCGUAAACGAUAGUGAGUCGCAAUUAAUCAAAGAUAAUUCGCCCAUUGAUAAUAAAUUAAUUGUUGACACUAACGCUGCAGACUGAACGAUUUCUUACUAACGAUUUCUAUUACCUACUUAGCAUUAUACAUCUAAUAUGAAUAACUGUUACUUUACAAUAAAUUUUAUAACUUACGCCCAUAUUAAAAACUGAAUGUAUAGAGCUGUGGUAAUUUAGUAUUGAGUUUCUAUGUGGUGUGGAUAUAAAGAAAGACUUCCAUAUGUAAGAUUAUUAAUAAUUUAUAAUGACCUAUUUGAAACAAGAAAAAAAACAUUAAAACGGUUGACUUUGUAUACGCGUCAAUCGAGAAAAUUUUGUAUGUAUUUAUUUCUAAGUUCGCUUUUUAUUGCUUAGGUGUGUCGCCGUGAUUGCAAAUGCACUUUUUUGUAAAUAUAUUUAAAAAGUUAAUAGUAUGGUAAAAUUUUAUAAUCAGGUGCUUUUAGGUCUAGUUGAGGCCGUUUCGAUAAUGACCAGGCGCCAUUCAUCGAACUCUGCCUUCUCUAAAUUAAAUUUGUUGAUUGAUACUUAGCGACUUCUAUUAAUUAGCAUAAUACUGCUUUUAAUACGGUCUUUACAUGUAAUUUUUUAUUCAACCACGUAAUUUUAGUAACGGACUACUUAUUUUUACUUUCAUAAUUUUUGUUUUAAUAUUGAAAUUUUAUCAUCGUUUUCUUUAUUUUUCUUGUAUUAUUAUUUAUUGUGUACUUGUAUUAUGAGCACAAAUUAAAAAAAAACUAAA